UUGAAUUUACAUAAAUAGAUAAAGGUCAUUUGGGUUUCAGUCUGUUAUAUUGACUUUGAUGUUACUGAAAAUCUUGUAAAUGAACUUGUCAAAUCUGUGUACAACAAACAACAGGUUUACUUGAUACUAUUGGAUUUCAGCAAAGCAUUUGAUAAAUGACAUGUGAGACAAUUGUAUCGGAAACAAAAUGGAAGAAAAUAACCAGCCAACCAGGAGAAGACAUAUACCUAUAGCAGGUGCUUGUGUCCUUAUGGUGGUGUGUGUGCUGUCACGCUCCAGUACCUCAAUCCUUACACCACUGUGGCUCGAUGCACGCAACAACCAUUCAGCUAAUGAUUCCUCUUCCAGUUGUGAUGCCAGAAAUUCGGAUCACCAAAUUGACGCCUACACCAUUAUGUUUAUUGCUAAUUUUAUUUUUGUUGUUUUCUUCGGAGUCAUUCUGCUGGUCACAAAAUUUGUGUGCCCAUAUUUAAUUACUGAACGAGAGACAAAGUACAAGAAACGAGAGUUUGCAUUGAUUGGGAUAUCAGAUACGGUUUCGAGCAUUUGUUUUGUGUAUGCCAGUAGUGGAUGUCGGACAGCUCCUUACCUGCAGUCACUAGCAGCUAACUUCUCUGUACCGGUUACUUUCAUCAUAAGGUUUCUUGUUUUACGGAAGCGUCCUACAUGUCGGAAAACAUUCUGUGCAGUAUUAGUUCUGUUUGCCGAGUUUACAGCUUUGCUACCGGACAUAUUUCCUGGCUUGGAGAGUCAACAAGCCCGCAGUGACCAGGGUGGGGCCUUCGGUGUUCCUGGAAUAUUGUGGCCAUUGUGCUUCUUCUUUGGUUUUGUUCCAAUGGCUUUAGUGUCUAUCAUCAUUGAGAAAACCGUUAAAUCGUCGUCACCUGCACAGAGACGUCCAAAUGAUGAUGAUACAGACAUCAAUAUAGCAUACUUCUUGUUCUGGUCAUACUUGUUUAACCUUCUUUCUCUCAUGCUCCUAUUCUGGACUGACAUUAUCCCAGGAUUUGGAAUGUCAGAUGAUGUGGUACAUUUUGCAGAAGGGUUUUGGUUCAACAUCAAAUGUUUCCUAGGAUACGAGGGUUGUAGAGGAGCGGUAAAUGUGAUAUCUGGAGUUUGUAUUGUGUUACUGAUGGUGAAUCGUGUGGCUGUGUCCUACUUUUUGAGAUACCUAGAAGGUGCUAACUAUCUUGUCAUUAUAAAUUCAAUACAGACUCCACUUGUGUUCAUAUUCUUCACACUAUUUGAUGAAAAUCCAUUGAAAUGGCAUCCCCAUGCCUACCUGUCAACAUGGCUCAGUGUGGCUGCACUUUGUAUUAUGAUACCAGCAAUUUACAUUUAUGAUACAGGGGCCCCAGAAGUAGUACCAAACCCACCAGAACAUGUCAAUUUCACAUCAGACAAUGGAGUGCAAACUGAAAUCAGUCCUCUGAUUGACACAGAUGACAACCAGAACAAUGACACUGAUGAAACCUGCAGGCUGCGGUAUGAUUCUGAACCGCCACCAUAUUUAAUUGACUUUGAAAGCGAUAAUUUACAAUUAAAUCAAAAUCUACAGUCAGGAAAUUCCCAGAGAGAAGCUGACAUUGAUGAAGCCACCAGGCUUCUUUGUGACAGAGAUGAACAAGUUGUUUCCGUCAAUUAUAGGUUUAACCGUGUACACAGUAAUGUUGAAUCUACAGACAUUCUGAAUGUAUAACAUCAGUUGCCUGCAGACAUGGUUCAUAACAGAAAUUCUUAAAUCAUUUCUUCUGAUACCAGUAAAUCAAAAUCAGAAUCAGAAAAUAGAAAGUGCUGGCCUGAUUUAAAAAUAAUAACACAGAAAAUUAAUGUUUCUACAAUGACCCUCUACCAAACUCCAAGCCUUUUUGGUUUGUUAGAAAACAGCCUUACAGGGUGCUAGUUUUCUCUAUAUGGCUAGAUAUAAAACAUCAAAAAUUGUCUCCAUUGAAACUGCUGGCCUGAAUUCAAAAAAUAAUUUCACACAUGUUUCUUUGGCAGCCCUCUACCAAAUUCUUUCAAGCUCCUGCCCACAUUACAAUACCCCCCCCACCUCACCCCACAGCAACCUCCCACUGCACAUACACACACAGAUACAUGUUACCCACUUGCAAACUUGUCAGCAAACACGGGCCCUAUUUCCUAUUUCAAAAUAAUUUCACAGAAAUUUUCCUUGUGUGACUCUCUCCCAAAACUUUUCUAGCAAGCUGUGAAACUCAGGUGAGCUACUCUUGUUCUUACUUCAAAUUUUUGUAAUAAUUUUUAGGUUGUUAAGGAAAUAUAAAUUAUACCAGAUAUUAUGGUAGAUGGUAAUGUACUUCACAAAGUGAUAGCUGAUAACAAAAGGGGUCGAAGAUUUCAUGACACUUUAAAAUGUUUGAAAGUAAAAAGUUUAUUGUUAAGUUGAAGUUGGAUAGUCUAUGAAAGUCGGCACCUGGAAUGGAUGGAAUAACUCAUUUGCAUUUGAGCCCACAGCAGGUGUAUAUCAACCUUCGUAGCAUCCAUUCUUUAGGUAGUUCUGCACGUUUGAAAAACCGGAAGUGAUGGCGCAACGUCAUUUAUCCGGAAAACGUAGACUAAAGCCUGGAUUCGGCGUACGGAAAUGAACAUCUGUUUAUGAAUUAAUGGCAACCUAAGAAUUAAUUUUUUAAAAUGGCACUGUUACUAUCUUUCUAAAGUUAAAAUAUCGUAAAAUAUCGUAUGAAAACAUGUGACACGUUAACUGAUUCAAAAUAAUGUCUUAAAUAUAGCUUGAAAUGGGUAGUUCACUUUAAUCAUGGCCAAAUAUCUCAAAAGUAAGCACACGGACCUAUACAUUUUAUUUCACCACAUUAUAGGCCUUAUGUUAAUUUACCACUGUGAGAAGUUUCAUUAAAAUCUACAUUUUAGAAAAAUUUCUAUUCACGAAAAUGUUAUGAAAGAUUUUCCCAUAAACUGGGUAAGAUCCAAAUUUUUCAAAUCAGUCUAGCAAAAAAUCAAGCACACGACCCUAUCUUUUUUAUUUGCUGAAUUUGAUUAAUAUAUUCCUAAGUUUUGAAAAAUCAGAGUUUAAUCAAAUUCUACAUUGUAGAAAAAAUUUCGAUCCAAAAGUGCAGAACUACCUUAACUGACAUUGAUGGAAACAAUACAAACAUUGCCCUUUUCUUCUAAUAUGAUUCAAGAGUUUGAUUAAAGUCAGACUUAAAAAUCAUUCAUGAAUUUUAUAUUUCCUAAAAGGACUGACAGACACAUUGCAUUGGAAAUACCAAUUCAGUGUAUUUGCUUGUUGACAAUCAUCCUUGUAAUUCUCAUAAUAUACAGUGAUUUUGUAGUAAAUGUAUUGCAAAAGGUUUAUAUGAGUUAAUAUUGUAGUAUUCAAGAAAUGAUUUAUAGCAAUUUAUAGCAAAACAGUGUUUUAACACUAUUUAUACACAAUGGGUGGUUAUACGUCGGGCAUAAUAAUUUCACGAGGGUGCAACCUGAGUGAAUGAUAUUGAAUGACGUAUAACCGCCCGAGCGUAUAAAUAGUGUUCGUUAUUUUGAUUCUAAUUUUUCUUUUAUUGUAAAAUUUAGAUUAAAUAUGAUAAAACUGUUUCUUCACGCAUGCAUGGCGCCAAAUUGUAGUUUGUAACGCUCCUUUGUUUAUACACGCCAGGACCGGAAAUGGUAAUACAUGUUUCAAAUAACCAACUCGGUAUGUGUGUAAAUUAAUCAACACAGUUAUGCAAUGUGACAUUUCAUUUUAAAUAUGUUAUUAAGUAAAAUAUUUGAUCAAAUUUCAAAGCGCUAUUUCUCGAUGCAUAUAUGGCGCUAAAUAUCACGUUGACGUGAUGUCAACAUAAUAUCGUUGUGAUGAUUUAAGUAUCGCUAGUCAUAUUAGAAUAGAUGAUAAUUGUUAAAUUGUGUCAUAAAUAUUUAUAGUCACUGAUACGAAUGUGAACUCAUAUUAAACAUUUGACCCAUGCCAUGAGAAAACCAACAUAGUGGCUUGCGACCAGCAUGGAUCCAGACCAGCCUGCACAUCCGCGCAGUCUGGUCAGGAUCCAUGCUGUUCACUUUCAAACCUAAUGGAAUUAGAAAAACUAAUAGCGAACAGCAUGGAUCCUGACCAGACUGCGCGGUCUGGAUCUAUGCUGGUCGCAAACCCACUUUGUUGGUUUUCCCAUGACACGGCUCAUUUGUCUUUCAUCUUCAGUAUUAUAUGAGCCAAAAGGUUCUAUAUGCAUUCUAGUUGGAAUUGUUAUCUUUUUUUUAAAAAAGGAGGUUUACUUUUGUUCAUUUUAGUUAUAUACCAUGUUGCCUAGCAACAAAAAUUCUUGUAUGUUGUUAUGAUUAUUUGCUUGUAUAUAAGCUAUUUCAAAGUUUUAGGCUUAUUCAUAUAAUUGUUCAGCUGCAACUAAAGGUUAUCAUGGUUUUAGUUUAAUUUUUGCCUAUCAAAAGUAGGUUGUAUUUAGUUAAAUUUUUGCCUAUCAAAAGUAGGUUGUGUAUCUAAAUAUUGUAAUGUGUUCAGCUAAGAUUCAUGUAUUUCCAAGAUGCUGACAUUAUGCACCGUCAUAGUCUUUUGUAUGAACCAUACCUGUUUUUACAUAAUGCUAGGGAUGUAAAAGCAGUGGUGAAAGUUAUAAAGAAUUGUUUCACUGUUAACAUGAUAAGGGUAGAAAAGAAGACAACUGAAGUUUACAACGCAUUUUAUAUUGAAAUACUUAUUAGGCAAACAUACAAUGUUUACUGACAUAUGUAUAAUAAUGAUAAUAAUAAAGACGUUAUUUAAAGAGGCAACACAGUCAGGUAACCCGAUCUUCCCUGUGAGCCUCAUCAUAGACUUUCAAAUUAACAUAGCAAUGAAAUACAUAAUUACAGUUAUGAUAAAAAGUUAUAUAAUUAACAAAUAAUCAAGGCCUUCGAGUUGUUUAUCGUCUGAUUUACCACGGUUCAGAGUUCAGAUGCGUAGGAAUUGAACCAGGAGGGCGUUAGCCCGAGUGGUUAAAUACUGAAGCAUCUGAACGAUGAACCGUGGUAAAUUGGAUGAUAAAUCACAAGAAGGCCUUGAUUGUUUUCAUUCUGACAUGCUCAUUAAUAUAUUUUAAUAAAUUUACUGGACUUCAUUUAUGCGAGUAGUAAUGUAUCGGACGUCAUGCGGCUAUUUGACAUCAUAAUGCUCUCUUACCAGACCGCGCGUCAACCGUUGUUUAUCGCAGAAUAUACAGAGCUUUAUUUCCUUCUUUGUUUAACUGGAAAUAAUACCAAGUCAUGUUAGAAUGCAAUGUAUGACGUCAUUUAACAUGACAACAUAACGUCAAAGUAUGGCAUUAUGUUUGGCGCUCUAUCUGAAUUGUAUAUAUACACUGUUAACAUGCAUAAAUAUGUAUCUCAAACACACAGUGUAGAUUUUGUAAUGUACCCUAGUACUAUAUAAACUACAUUUCAUCAUACAAUUUAAAGACAUUUCCUAUAAAAAUUUUCAACUAAGAACUGAAACAAACUAAGAAUUGAAUUUCAUGACAAAUUGGUUUAAUUUUCAAAUUUUUACAGCACAACACAGAAUAUUACGUAAUUGACUCAAAGAUUUAUUAUUUAUUACAGAUUCCAAAAUUUACAUGUAAAAGAAAUCUUUAAUUUAAUUUAAUCUUUAACUUGAUAGGGAGGUUGGUCAUGACCAGCAGAUGACCCCUAUUGAUUUUGAGGUCAGUAGGUCAAAGGUCAAGGUCACAGUGGCUCAAAACAGUUAAACCGUUUCCAGCCCAUAACUUGAGAAAUCUUUGGCCUAGGAUCAUGAAACUUAAUAGGGAGGUUGAUCAUGACUGGCAGAUGAUUUCUAUUAAUUUUGAGGUCAAAGGUUAAGGUCACAUUGACGCAGAACAGUAGAACUUACUUUUGCCAAAUAACUAGAGAAUGUUUUGGUUUAAGACCACAUUUGAUACAGAAGUCACCUAUGACUGGUAAUUGACCCAUAAUUAUUGAUUUGAGGUCAGUACGUCAAAACUCCCGUGCACAGUGACCAAAUAAUUUCUGUUCCUUGUGCAGUUACUGAAUGCAUCAAGGGGGCAUUUCGUGUCUGCCGAGCUCUUGUUCACAGGUAAGAAAUGGGUAAAUUCAACACAUGAAAUAAAAAGAAAAUUUAUUUGUUUUACAUGUAAGAUCAAAAUAUCUUUCACUCAUGAACACCAUAUCUUACAUUUUCAAUUUUGGCUAUGUCACUUGUGAAAAUAUUGCAUCUGGUGCUAACUCAUGAAAAAUAUUUCAAUCUUACACUGAAACAAACAAAUAUCCUCUCUAUAUAUAAUAGUUAUUGUCAGUAAUAGUUAUUGUCAUCAACACUCAACAGCCUACCAUUUGAUUCCAGUUGUCAAGAAUAGCCUAUUAAUAAUUUUCUUUCUGGUAUCUUUCCCAACUUUAUUUAAUAGCAGUCAAUAUAUAGUUUACAUAUUUGUUAUAUCCAUGACAAUUUUCUCAGCAGUAUUUAUAUAUUUUACAUAACAUAAAUUUUGUUUUACAUAAAUGGGAUUCUUUUGUUUAUAUUUUGUUAGUGUUGAUAAUAGUUUGUGCUAUAUUUACAAAAUUGUACAUAGGCAUGUAGAACCUUAGGGUUAUACGAUGUAAAUUUAUUUGUGCUAUUUUGAAAAAGUUCAAUACUUAAUAGAAUUAUUUUUAAAGCUAGUUUUAAUAUUACCUGGCUGCAAGAUAAUAAUAUUAUUAUGUUUUGAUCCAGAUAUUACAUUCCAUAUGGUUUGCAUGUUUUUGAAGCUAACACCAGUUUUAUAACUGAUGUCUUGCCAGAAGAUUGCUUACAGUAAUAAGACUGACAGUAAAAAAGUACUAUGGUACUAUGGUACAGUUAUAUGGAGUACCAUUUGCAUCAAAAGUAAACAAAUGCAACUAGUAGUAAACUUGUACCUGCUGCACAGUGGGUAAUUAUAACAGUACCUUGAUCAGAAAUGAUGUAUUUAACUUGAGUGGAAAUUCCCAGACCUGGAUCCCCCGAGGCGCUUGAGCUGUGUGUCAUCAGGCAUUGCAAAAUCUAUGAGUGUAUCAUUGCAGAUCAAGGUAGUGUUUUAAUGAUCCUUUUAUGAUAUACCACCAUCUAUUUCUUGUGUUAUAUCAGCCCUCAAUUGACAAUAAUUUUAGACAAAUCAAAUUGAAAAGUUAUUUGAAACGAUGAUUUUGUCACAUGUGUAAUGUCGAGACACCAUCAUUACAUCAUUUCUGACAACAUACUUGAUGUUACGACUAAUGCAAUGAGUCUCAUCGUUGAGUAUUUUUCUGUAUCCAAUGGGAGUUGAAUAUAGGGUUUUGUAUUCAUUCGUGAAAAUCAAUCUUUAUUUUAAACAAGAAAUUAGUAUUUAUAUAAUAGAAAAGUAUGCUUGCCAGUACAAAUAAGAAACAUACUUCAGAUUUGAAAUUAUACCUACUGGUACAAAUUUUUAAAGGUAAUCAAAGUGUAACUGCAGGUAAAGUAAGUUGCUUCCAUGUUCAUACCAGACUGACACCUACAAUUUUAUUACUGAUAAUGGUAUUUGAUUAUCUUUGAUGUAAAUUUUAUGCUGUACAAUUAGGUAGCUUGUCCAGUUCAUGUGGUAGAAAUACAUAUUCAAAAUAAAAAAACACCAAGAAAGCAAGCCUUAUAUUUUAUUGUACUGAAUCAAAAUGAAAUUUAUUGUGUAACUGUUAUAUUUAUAUUUGCUAAGUAUAUCUGCACUAAUAAAGCAAUAAUUUCUUUCA